AAGAGGAUGAAUCGUCCAGGUCAUCUCAGUCACCCACGUGUCUUUGCCGCUGUCCCUCCCCGACAGCCCUCUCGUCCCUGUGGGGCACCAUCUGCCUCCCCACGCUCCCCCCCUCGCCCUUGCCUGGCUCCCUCCUCCCCCCUCCCCUGCCCCCAGUAGCGACCGUCCCAGAGGGGAAAGGCGAGCCAGCCCCUGUAAGUAUGCCUGGAUGGAGGGCUCAGUGGCGUCUCGUCCUGCUGAACUCUCUGACCUGUGGCCUGGAGAUCUGCGUGGCAGCUGGGAUCACAUACGUGCCGCCGCUGCUGCUGGAGGCCGGAGUGCAGGAGCGCUACAUGACCAUGGUUCUAGGUAUUGGUCCGGUGCUCGGCCUCCUGUUCAUCCCUCUGAUCGGCUCGGCCAGUGACCAGUGCAACAGCAGUUAUGGCCGACGACGCCCCUUCAUCUGGCUGCUGUCUCUGGGCGUCCUGGUGGCACUUCUGAUCAUUCCCCACGCCGACGUCCUGGCAGCCCGUCUCGCCUGGGGUGGACGCACGGUUCAGGUGGGCUUCCUCAUCUUCGGGGUGGGACUCCUAGACUUUUGCGGACAAGUGUGCUUCACGCCGCUGGAGGCUCUUCUGUCUGACCUGUACCGGGACGAGGAGGACUGCGGGCAGGCCUUCGCCAUGUUCUCUUUCAUGGUCAGCUUGGGAGGAUGUGUGGGAUAUUUGCUGCCUUCGCUGGACUGGAGUCGAGGCUUACUCUCUGUUUACCUGGGAGGUCAGGCCGAGUGCCUGUUUUUCAUCCUCAUCCUUAUCUUCGUCUCCAGCGUGCUCAUCACCAUGAAGGUGUCUGAGGAACCCUCGUUUACCAGCAGUGGCCUGGCAGGGUCUGGAUCUUUAUUGGAGACUGGGACUGGAGCGAUAGAGGCUGGCCGCUGCGGCGUGCCACGCUCAUGCUGCUACCUGCUGAAGUGCAAACUGAGGCUGCUGAAGUCUGGUCCCCUGCUGUGUCUCCUGAGAACAUGCUGGUCCAUGACUCCAGCCAUCUACAGGAGCUACUGCCACAUCCCACGGGUGAUGAGGCAGCUGUGUGUGGCUCAGCUCUGCAGCUGGAUGGCCGUCAUGUCCUUCAUGCUCUUCUACACAGACUUUGUGGGGGAAGGCCUGUACGAGGGCGUGCCCAGUGCAUUACCAGGAAGCAUGUCCAGGCAGCGAUACGACGAAGGUAUCCGGAUGGGCAGCCUGGGCCUGUUCCUGCAGUGUGCUACCUCAACCUUCUUCUCCCUGGCCAUGAGUCGCUUAGUCCGGCACUUCGGCUCCCGCUGGGUGUACGUGAGCAGCAUGGUGAGCUUCACGCUCUCUGCUCUGGUCAUCUGCCUCUCCAAGAGCGUGGUCCUGGUCACCGUCAUGGCAGCUCUCACUGGCUACGCGUACGCCACGCUGCAGACUCUGCCGUACACGCUCACCUGCCACUACCACAAGGAGAAAGCGAUCUUUAUGCCAAAAAGGAAACCCAAAAGCAUACACACAAAUGGUAUUUCCACCAAGCGGGACUCUGUGUAUUUGACUCCUGUGGAAGAGGAGGGUGGACUGAACCACAAAACGGGGGUUCCCUACGGAUUCCAGGAUAAUUACGAGUACUACCCCACCCCCCCGAGCCAGAAAGGCUCCCCUCUCAGCUCUGGCAGCACUGAACAGGAGGAGGGGGAGCUAGAGUUCGAGAAACGAGGCGUGGGAUUGGACUUUGCCAUCUUGGACAGCACCUUCCUCCUCUCUCAGGUUUUCCCCACCCUCUUGCUGGGCAUGAUCGUUCAGUUCGCUCAGUCCGUCACUGCCUACAUCGCCUGCUCCGCCAUCUUCGGUGCCAUCGCCAUCUACCUGGCCCGUCAUAUCGUCUUUGACCAAAAGGACCUCAAGUGCUGAGACCCAGGGCGGAAAGACGAGGGAGUGAUUGAAUCAUAAAUAAUCCUAAACAAUCAUUCAGGUUUCAUGGGUUGAACUCAGCAGUGCACUACUGUUCCCAGAAUGCCUUGCUCCACGACUGUGUGCUUGCUUUUGUGAAAGCUAUAGUAAAUGGGCGAGAAAGUGGCUAAUAAUAGAAACUAUUCCUCGUUACAGCCGGGGUUCGUUAACCUGCCAGCUGAACAGUCUCCGUUCUAAAAACUAGAAAUCUCCCUCAAACCCUUUCUGUUGUGACAUCUCUCCUGUCCAUUUUCCUCAGGUACCAGAUUUACUGUAGAACUCACCAACCUCAGACACACAGCUACUAACCUGUUUAUGAGUUUUAUGGUUCUGUCCACAAGUUAUUAAAUUACAGUCUGUAUUUAACACUGAUUUGGUUCAAUCAGGGGAUUUGAGAAAAUUACCCUGAUGUUUGUAAAAUUGGGAGAAUGUUUCUUUUAAUAUUCAGCUGUACUUUGAUGCCAGCCUCAUCUUCUCUAUUUCCCCUCCUCAAUGUAAUCUAUUACGGCAACUAUUUUAAAAACAAAUUUACUGUGCGUCCCUAUGGGAAUUAAGUUAUGCAACCUGUUGAGGUGACGUGAGGUUCGAGAAAGAAUUUGUUUACUGCAUCAAACCUCCUGAUUUGGAUAAUCAAGAGUCGUCUCCUUCAGCCGACUGCUCCUCCUGAUGCUUCUGGUCAGGACUCAGGGAUGUUCUGGUUUCCCAUUCGGUCAUCGUGCCACUUUCCCUGCUGCCUAAACCUUCACGUGUCGUUAUAUUCUCUCAAAUGACAAUCUACCAAGUCCACAUGGUCCCUGCCCAGAGAUACACUUGCUUUGAACUAC